CGGGAGAGGCGGUGUCUCGCCAGCAGCCCCAGCCGCGGGGGGAGGGAGGUAGCGCAACAGAAAAGGAAGCGACCUGCCCGGCCGGGAAGCCCUGCGCCCCAUUCCAGCGCCUCGCUCCGCGAGCUGCUCCCCGCUGCACGCGGGCCAUGGCUCGCCUCUGCCGGCUCCUGCUGCUCGGCCACUGGCUGGCCCUCGGCGGCGCCUUCAAUCUGGACGUGGACGGCCGGGCUGUUUACUCCGGCUCGGAGGGGAGCUACUUCGGCUUUGCUGUGGAUUUCUUCGCCCCCGACUCCUCCUCGAUAUCUCUUCUGGUGGGUGCUCCAAAAGCAAACACUACACAGCCCAACAUUGUAGAAGGAGGCCAGGUGCUCAAGUGUGACUGGAAAUCCAGCAGAAACUGCCAGCCCGUUAUAUUUGAUUCCACAGGCGAUAGAAAUUUUGCACCUAAUGAUCCACUGGAGUUUAAGUCUCAUCAGUGGUUUGGAGCAUCUGUGAGGUCUAAAAAUGAUAAAAUUCUGGCCUGUGCCCCCUUGUAUCAUUGGAGAACUGAAAUGAAACAGGAGAGAGAGCCUGUAGGAACUUGUUACCUUCAUGAUGGAGCGAAGGCUGUUGAAUAUGCUCCCUGCAGAUCGAGUAUGUAUAGAAGCAAGGGCGAGGGAUUUUGUCAAGGAGGCUUUAGCAUUGACUUUACAAAGGGAGACAGGGUACUUCUUGGUGGACCAGGAAGCUUUUACUGGCAAGGUCAACUCAUUUCUGAUCGGGUGGCAGAAAUUGUGGCUAAAUACAAUUCCAAAGUCUACAGUACAAAGUAUGAUGAUCAGUUAGCAACACGAUCUGCUAGUGCUGCUUUUGAUGACAGUUACCUGGGUUAUUCAGUGGCUGUUGGAGAGUUCAGCGGUGAUGGCAUAGAAGACUUUGUAUCUGGAGUUCCAAGAGCAGCAAGAACUCUGGGCAUGGUGUCUAUUUACAAUGGGAAAAAUAUGUCAUCCUUGUACAAUUUUACUGGAGAACAGAUGGCUGCUUAUUUUGGAUAUUCUGUUGCUGCCACUGACAUUAAUGGAGAUGAUUACACCGAUUUGUUUAUUGGAGCCCCCCUCUUUAUGGAGCGUGGUUCUGAUGGCAAGCUUCAAGAGGUGGGUCAGGUCUCCAUAUGCCUUCAACAAGCCUCUGGAGGAUUUCAGAUCAUAAAGCUGAAUGGAUAUGAGAUCUUUGCAAGAUUCAGCAGUUCUAUUGCACCUCUAGGGGACCUGGACCAGGAUGGUUUCAAUGAUAUUGCAGUUGCUGCACCUUAUGGUGGAGAGGACAAAAGAGGGGUCGUUUACAUCUUCAAUGGGAGAGCGACGGGUUUGAAUGCAGCGCCAUCUCAGAUUCUUGAAGGACAGUGGGCCGCCCGCACCAUGCCGCCAAGCUUUGGGUACUCGCUAAAAGGAGCCACCGAUGUGGACAAAAAUGGAUAUCCAGAUUUGAUUGUCGGUGCCUUUGGUGUUGACAGAGCUGUUUUGUACAGGGCUAGACCAGUUAUCAGUGUAAAUGCUGGACUAGAAGUUAACCCAACCAUUCUAAAUCCCGAGGAAAAAAUCUGUGAACUGUUAGAUACUGGUGUGAAAGUUUCCUGCUUUAAAGUAAAGUUCUGCUUAACAGCUGAUGGCAAGGGAAAGCUCCCCAAUAAACUCACCUUCCAAGUGGAACUGCUGUUGGAUAAGCUUAAGCAAAAAGGAGCCUUGAGGAGAGCUCUGUUUCUCCACAACAAACAGCCUAGCCACUCUAAGAAUAUGACCAUUGUCAAAGGGGGAACAAUGCGUUGUGAGGAACUUCAGGCUUUUUUGAGGGAUGAAUCUGAGUUUAGAGACAAACUUACACCGAUCACUGUUUUUAUGGAAUAUCGGUUGGAUUACAAAACGGCUACAGACUCAGCUGGAUUACAGCCCAUCCUCAACCAGUUCACUCCUGCUAAUGUUAGCAGACAGACACAUAUCUUGCUAGACUGUGGUGAAGAUAACAUCUGCAAGCCAAAACUGCAGGUUGCAGUAAACAGUGAUCAGAAGCAGAUCUAUAUUGGCGAUGACAAUCCUUUAACCCUGAUUGUCAAUGCCCAGAACCAAGGAGAAGGAGCCUAUGAAGCUGAACUCUUUGUUAUCAUUCCACCUCAAGCAGACUUCAUUGGUGUUGUUCGCAACAAUGAGGCAUUAGCACGGCUAUCUUGUGCAUUUAAAACUGAGAAUCAAACACGCCUGGUGGUUUGUGACCUUGGAAAUCCCAUGAAGGCUGGUACUAAACUAUUAGCUGGGCUGCGUUUCAGUGUGCAUCAGCAGUCAGAGAUGGACACCUCUGUGAAGUUUGACUUGCAGAUCAGAAGUUCCAAUCUGUUUGACAAUGUAAGCCCAAUAACGUCUUACCAGGCUGACCUUGCCAUCUUAGCAUCUGUUGAAAUUAGAGGUGUCUCAUCUCCUGAUCACAUCUUCCUCCCCAUUGCAAACUGGCAACCUAAGGAGAAUCCAGAGACAGAAGAAGACAUCGGUCCUCUAGUUCAGCACAUCUAUGAGCUGAGAAACAAUGGUCCAAGUGCUUUCAGCAAAGUGAUGCUGAAUCUUCAGUGGCCUUACAAAUACAACAACAACACCCUGCUGUAUAUUAUGCAAUAUGAAAUUGAUGGACCCAUGAACUGCACUUCAGAUAUGGAGAUCAAUCCAUUGAAAAUUAAGAUUUCAGCUCCUAAAGCAGAUGAGAAGAAUGAAACUAUUGGAUAUGAGGAUAACCGUGAUCACCAUAUAAAUCGAAGAGAUACAACUGUCAUUGAAGGAGAUGUACAUACUUUGGGCUGUGGAACUGCUGACUGUUUAAAAAUAGUCUGUCAAGUUGGCCGCCUGGAGAGGGGCAAGAGUGCAAUAUUGUAUGUAAAAUCCCGCCUUUGGACCCAGACCUUUAUGAAUAAAGAAAACCAGAAUCAUUCGUAUUCACUCAAGUCAUCAGCCUCAUUCAAUGUUAUAGAGUUCCCUUACAAAAACCUUUCAUUUGAAGAUAUCCACAAUUCUACAGUAGUUACCACAAAUAUCACCUGGGGCAUUCAACCACAGCCCAUGCCAGUACCAGUGUGGGUUAUAAUUUUGGCGGUCCUAGCAGGAUUAUUGCUCUUGUCUGUUCUAGUCUUUGUUAUGUACAGAAUGGGGUUCUUCAAACGUGUGCGGCCUCCUCAAGAAGAACAAGAAAGAGAACAGCUGCAACCCCAUGAAAAUGGGGAAGGGACGUCGGAAGCUUAAAAAGUGUUUUAUCCGUGUAACAUACUGAAACUUUAAAAAUGCCAGCAUCUUGGUUACCAGUUUGGAUUUCCCCUUUAAGGAACAGACACUCCAUGACUGCACUACUGGCUGAUGUCUUUUGGCAUUGGGAAUAGCCUUAACUACAGAUUGAGAGCAAUAUAUUUAAUUCUUCCCAUGUAUUAACCAUGUUAAUAGGUAUGACUAAUGCAUAUGCACUGAUUUGGGUGUAAAAAACGUACAUGAUACUUAGAUUAGCAAAAUAUUGGCACUAAUUUCAGGAGACACCCUGUCCUUUUGAUGCACAAACUAGUGUUGCACAAACUGCUAUCUAGAUUUCAUGUAAGCAGUGUAAACCAGCAGUUCCCAUAGGUAAUUACUAGAUUUAGUAUGUUUUCUGUUGCUAGAUGUGUACAUUCCGACACUACACUUAAUUUUCAAGCUCUCAGUGGGGAAAUGCACAAAAUGAGGAUGGCUUGUUUAACAAGUCUACCUUGACUGCAAAGCUGUUCUGUCCUUAGACUUUGUGCUGUUGAUUUCCCCCAAAAAAGUGUACACAGGAAUAUUCAGUGGUAUCAUACCCAUUUGCCAUCUCUUCUGCAUGCUGGUCUCCCUUUCUGUAGGGAGUUGGAGGUCAGCUGCCUCGAUUGGACCAUUUCUUUUCCCGUCUCCCAUUCCUCCUCUUGAUUUCAUAGAUGGUGCUCCACAGGCCUUGUUAACACUAACACUCCAUCCCCCAGUCGAUCUAAUUUACUCAACUUCAGCUAUGCAAAUAGGGUAGCUGAAGUCAGCAUACUUACCACAGUGUCUUCUGUGCAGUAUGGUUGGUGGGGGAUGCUCUCCCAUCGACUCAGGUUACUCUUCUCAUCCUGGUGGAAUACUGGAGUUGACAGAGUGCUUGGGGAUGAAUUUAUUGUGUCUAAGCAGACACAAUAAAACAACCACCAGUGGAUUGAUCACUGCAGCGUCAAUUCACCACAUAGUGAAAACAAGCCCUUGGUCUGUAUUUUUUACACAAUAUAGUAACACUGGUACAACUCCUGGUAUGGAUGUUGUUAUAUCAGUAUAAAGGUUCCUACAAGGAUAGCUUAGUCCCCUCCCAAAAGAGGAAUAAUUAUACCAGUAUAAAUUCUUGUAUGCCAUAUUUAACUGUGUCCACACUAGUGGUAUUAUGCUACACAACUAUACCAGGAUAGUUGAAAGUCUCAGAGGGGUAGCUGUGUUAGUCUGUAACUUUAAAAACAAAGGUGCAUCUCAGAGACUAACAAAUAUAUAAGAUCACGAGUUUUUGUGGGAGUGGAAAUAACGGAAUCCACAAUGUGAUGCAACUUUUGUGUUUGACAAGCUCUAAGAGCAACAGCAAAGACAGAACACUUUGGCGUGUAUUCCAGAUUUCUGGGGGCAACAUCUCCACUGUAAAUACCAAAAUGACCAGAGAACCUAUUUUCUGCAAAAGCAAUCUGAAAUUAAUAACUUGUUUUGACUUUCAUUUUGGGUUUUUGGAAAAUCAGGACUGAUUUUCACUCUUCAUUGCAUUCUUCUUAGCUGAAUCACGAUUGUAUCUGAGCUAUUCCUGAGAAGGUCCAAGGUUAAUAAGGGAUUAAUUUGUAUAUUGGGCAGCUUGGUUUUUUUAGCCAUUUACAUAUUGUUUUAGACAGCUGUUUAAGUGAAAUUUAGUUUAUAAUAGACAGAUAUAGGCUGGAGGAGUGGAUUUUACCUACAGCCUUGAAUUUUAUGAUAUUGAUAGUGUAAACAUACAGGGAGGGAUCAGAACCCAAGCCAUACGGGCAUGUCUGCAUUGCAUCUGGAGUCAUACCUCCCAAUCCGGGUUCACGGAAUUGCCCUAGUGUGACAACCCUAAAAAAAGAUGUUGCUUUGAUGUUGCCUCUUUGUCUGGAACUUGGACUUUCAAGCCCAUGCCGCCCCACAUGGAUUUCAGAACCCGAGUUCUAGCCUCACCCAUCUACACAGAUAUUUUGAGAGUGCUAAUGCAAACCCUGCUAACACGAGUCCAUGGACCCAGGCCUGGGACACUGACUCCUUGAUGCAGAAUAACUCGUUCUAGAUAACCUUUUUGUAUGUGUCUUAAGAUGAGACAGGGAUGAAAGCCUUUUGUUAAAUUCAGUUUCAGUUGGUUAAUUGAGGCUUGAUCCUGCAGUUAUAAUGCACUCCUGAUUUCCGUUGAAAUGUGGGAAAACUUGCACAGGGAAGGACAAUUGGACCAUUUAGCUUAGGCUAAGCUUAGAGGUCAAGGAGAAUAUCAUCAGAAAGACCAUGGUUCGUAUUCUGCAAACACGUGUGUUGUUGAAGCAUGUGAGUAGUUACACUGAUGUGAAAUGAGGUGGACUGCUCACCCAUCCAAGAGUGAGCAUAGGACUCAGGCCAUUAUGGACAGACAGACAAAAGUGUGGGAAAGCUAACUCUUAUCAGCUCAUCUGGAAGGGGUAAGACAACCCUAUUAACAUGAGUAUUAACAACUCCCUUUUUUACAGUCAUGAAAGCAUAUAAUUUUUUUGCAUUUAGGGUACAAAGGUAUAAUUUUGGCACAACUCCUAUAACUAUAGAAACUUCUAUGUGUACUAAGUUACAUAAAGUAAGAUAUGAAAUUAUUUAUAUUUCUUAUAUUCUACUAAAGAGUAGCAUGUAUAUUCACUAAUCUCCAGUUUCACUGAUAGAAAACAGUAACAUAGCUGCAGUGUACAGAUUAUAUCAUGGAUACAACUAUCCACACGGCCAAUUUCAGGAUAGCGCACAUGCUUAAAUUUAAGCACAUGCUUAAGGGAUAUUUUGAACAGUGCUGCUUUCCCAAAUUUAGGUUUUUGUUUUUACAAUCUAUGCUUGGCAAUAAGAUGAUUAUAGAAUGUAUAUUUUCUACUGUCACAGUAGUUUUGGUAGUCACCUACAAGUGCUACUUCUAUUCUUAUAGCAAAUGUUUUUAUAGUGUCACCAAAUUUAACUUUUUAUAAAAAAAGUGAUAUUUUUCUAUGCAAUGAAUAUUCCAGAAUCAAGUGCUGUGUAUAAAAUACAAAUGACAGAUAGCUUACUUAGUUCUUUUUUGAGAGAAACUCCUAAGUCCAAAGUUAGGUAUAUGAAGUAACAACUUGUGAAAUGAUUUAGCCUAAGAGGGCAAUUUACAAAAUCCAGAUCUUUUUACGAUUUUAUGUAACUACUCCAACUUACAUUAUUGCAUUAUUUUCAUGGUGUUUUUUGAAAUGUUAGUACACAUUUCACAAUAAAACUCUUAUCUGCUACCACUGACAAGAUUUAUGAGGUAUCAGGAUAUAGCCUUUGUCUUUCAAGAAACACUAUUUAAAGUUCAGUAGUAUAUAUAUUGCUGUUAAGCCCAAGUGGGAACUCAAGCUUUCGAUACUCCUAUCAAGUCAAAAUAUUUUGGUAAUGUUCACAUAUGUCUAUAUUAGACUUGUAGUACUAUCCUUUAAAUUUAUGAUUGACUAAACAAUGUUGGUGCUUUCGUUACUUUUCAGAAAGUCUGCUACAGUAUUUCCUUUCUUUACUAAACAUUUUUAUAUUUCUUUACGUUUAGCUAAGAUUUAAAUCCAAACCUAGAUCUUAGUAUCUGUUUUUCCUAAAAUUGUGUCCAACUGCUUGUAAACUUGUUCAAAUGAAUUCUCAUAUGUAUCUUUUGAAAGUAUUUUAGCUGAAACGAGGGGAUUGUUGGUGCUUUUGUUAUGUUCACUUUAGUAAUAUGUAGCUAUGAAUGUGUAGAGCUUUACACAGCAAAAAAUGCAUUAAAGAAGUUUUCUUAGGAGUGUCAGCUAAUAUUUCAGAGGGGUUAAAAGGAAUGUUAACCAUUUGGGGUCAGGGAAUAGGAGAAAGAUUCAAAUUGUAUGACUUCUUGUUGCAGGGCCAGUGCUCCUUCCAGAGAGCUCCAUGGGGUUUCACUACUGAGCACUACCAAAUCAUGUCAGACAGUAGCAUUAGCCUGUAGAAAAUCUAGUCAACUCUGUCUUGACUGCAGAGUAAGGCCUGUUCCAAAGUCCUGUCAAAUAAACGGGAAACUUUCCAUUUACUUCAGUGGGGCCCCUUGUACUGUGCAGUUGUCUGUGAAUGAAAAAGGAUUGAGGUUAUGAAAUAGGAAAAUGGUAACCCAGAAUGAAUGGGUGUGUGGCAGCUCUACAACUGUGCUCUGACCUUCUCGCCAUGGGCUUCUUUCACUUAUUGCCACGAGGGCUGAAAAACAAGUUUUGUGUACUGUGUACUCCUGCCACAAAGAAAUGCAGACUUUUGUUCCUUUUAGGGUCUAAUCCUGGGAGAUGCUGAACUCUCACCAUUCCUAUUGACUUCAGUGGGAUCUGAACUUUCUGGUACUUAAUUCCUAGAUUUUUAGUUGUCAAGUGCAAUAUAACAUUUUAAUCAAACCUGAUUCACUGCCAAGCAUUUUUAAGUUUAAUAGGCCUAACCUAAGAAGUGAUGUAGCAUUUGUUGACUUACAGAAGUCAAUAUUUUUUUAAAACCUUUUACAAAACAAAUGUAUUAAAUUGAGUUGAUACAUGAAUGCUGUAGAAAGCGUUUUGAUCACCCACAUUGGGUCAGACAUAAUGAGUGUAUAUUCUAAAGUGUAUCAGUGGCUAACCCAUUGGUUUGGGUUAAUGAGAUUUGGUACAAUGUUUUUCUUUAAAUCCACUGUGGAAAAUUUGACUAGUGACUGUACAAUAAUGGAUUUGAGUCUGUAGUGCUACUACUGUUUCAUAUGCUUGUGCCUCUUAUUUCAGUGUAAUUUUUUCCCAAUAUAUGUUUAAAACUUUUUUAAUAAUAGCAAAGAAAAUCUAAUUUUAAAUUCAUUGUCCUUGUAAAAAUAUUCUGCAUUAAGGAUUGAAUAACUUGACCCUUGAUCUUUUUUUUCAAAAUAAAUAUUUAACAUAGUAUUGAACUAUAAUGGAAGUAUUCGUUAAGAGUGGCCCUUUUUUUCCUUGCAGCCCAGAUGAGCGGAGCGCUGACUUCCACCUCCCCUUCUCGCGUAGCCCAUCUGAGCCACGCGCUGGCUGCCAAGUCCCCACCGCCCUGCAUUACCCUGGGACUCUCUGAUCCUGGAUGUUGCCAGAGCAGAGAAUCCCAGAUUUUAGAUGUGCAAUCUGUAUAACAAUUAGUUCUUCAUUUUAUAACAGAUCAUGUUUUACAUGCAUUUCGCUAGAUUAUUAAAUUAGUACAAUGUUGUCUGCACAAGCAGAAAAUUAACGUACUAAGAAGACUGUCACAAAUGUAGGCAAUUAGCAUUCCUAGUUAUUUGAUACAUAUAUUCAGAAAGCAAGUGGAAAUAUUUUCAAGAGUUACACAGUUGUUUGAAGGGGAUUUACAUUACAUUUAAAGAGAGCAAUAUGCAUUGUCAGACACCUUAUUUUUAUUAAAAUAUAAAUCACAUAAAUUGUGUGUAUUACAUAGGCAGAACUGCAUUAGCAUUCAGAUAUUUGCUUAUUUUCUUUUCAAGUCCAUUUUUAAUCGCAGAAAUCCACUGACACCUUAAAAUUUAAAGUGAUUUUAUUGGGAUAUAUUUGUAUAGCUCUGCAUUCAUUUUUGGUGAUAAUAUAAAAUAUUCAUGAUUUGAUAAACAUAUUUGAGAAAUCUGAUUGUAAAUGUUAGAUUGGUUUUUAUUAGAAUUUUGAAUUAAAAUGCCUCAAUAAAAAAU